AUGGCUCGUACCAAGCAAACUGCCCGUAAAUCAACUGGUGGCAAGGCCCCUCGCAAGCAGCUCGCCUCAAAGGCCGCUCGCAAGUCCGCUCCCUCCACCGGUGGUGUCAAGAAGCCCCACAGAUACAAGCCUGGUACCGUCGCUCUCCGGGAAAUCCGUCGCUACCAGAAAUCUACCGAGCUUCUGAUCCGAAAGCUUCCGUUCCAACGCUUGGUCCGUGAGAUUGCUCAAGACUUCAAGUCAGACUUGCGUUUCCAGUCAUCUGCCAUCGGUGCUCUGCAAGAGUCCGUUGAGGCUUACCUCGUCUCGCUCUUCGAGGAUACCAACUUGUGCGCCAUUCAUGCCAAGCGUGUCACCAUCCAGAGCAAAGACAUCCAGCUCGCUCGCCGCCUGCGUGGUGAACGAUCUUAG